CAUGAAAUAUGGCUGGUGGCGAGAGGAAUGGCACUGGCAACAACAACCGUGCUUCUGAAGCAAGAUACCAGCCGAAGCACCCUUUCCUGUCAGGAGGAAUUGCUGGGGGCCUCGAAAUAUGCUUGACUUUUCCAUUCGAGUAUAUCAAGGUACAACUCCAGCUACAAGAGAAGGGCAAAGGCACGCCUCGAUUCAAGGGCCCCCUUCAUUGUGCUACCCAGACUCUACGACAUAGCGGGAUACUCGGCCUGUACGUUGGUCUCCCGCCGUGGCUUACGUUUGCCCUGCCCAGGUCCGCGAUACGUUUCACCACGUUUGAGCGCGUCUCGGAGUGGCUGCAGGAGGGCCAGGGUAAAGUUGACGCCGUCAAUGCUCUCGCGGCAGGCACAGUGGCCGGCGCCAUUGAGUCGGCCACCUGCCUCACCCCCCUCCAGAACAUCCAGAUCAAAAUGAUGCAGAUGGACAGAGGCUUCGUGUACGCCUUGGGCGAGAUCCUCCGCCGAGAGGGGCUCAGGAACGGGUUCUUCAGUGGCAUGUGGCCGACGGUCGUGAAGGGCGCGGUGAACAACUGCAUCCGGUUCGGCCUGUACAACGAGACGUCGGCGGCCCUCCGACGGUCUCGCGGAGACUCGCCCGACGAGGCGCUCGCUGCGGGAGCGGUGUUCGGUCUUGGGGCGGCAGCUGGGGCUGUCAGUGCGGUCGUGACGCAUCCGAUCGACACGGUAAAAUCCAACCUUCAAGGUCUGUCCGCGGGCAAGUACUCGGGCAGCCUUGACUGUGCCAGGCAGAUCAUAGCGUUGUCUGGAGUAAGCGGUCUCUUCCGUGGGCUCUCCCCCCGAAUAUGCAGGGUGUGCCUGGAGAUCGGCCUACAGUUCAGCCUAUACGACUCGAUCUGCAGGUUUAUGGAUAAUACCCUUGGAUGAACCACCAAGUUUAGUUGUGACUCGGUUUUCUGGGAUGUUUUUGGAAUAUGGACGUUAUUGUCAUGUUUUCUUUGGUGUUGAAGUAUCUAAACAACGUUCGAGGUGGGCACGUUUCCACGGGGGGAAGGUAAUCGUUUCCAGGUAGGGUUCUGACAAUGAUCCAUGUCACGCCGUUUUCAGCAGACAUUUUGUUCGUCGUGUGCUUUUAAGGGUGUGGGUAAAUUUAAUGCUCUCGAUCUGUGACCGCGCUUUCUUUUGCGCAAGCCGCCACACGUACAUCUGCUGGCUAGCUGGAUCUGUAUGCUUCCAACCGGCACGUCUCAUCCGUUGCUAGUAGCACAAGUAACGAUUCCACGUGGACCUGUGCUGGACGGAUUGAAACGAAUGUCAGCGGGGUUGUGGCGCCUUUGAGCUCUUGGAUGAGUCAUCUUCCUACCCAUAUUUUCGCGCUCAGGUCCGUGCAGCGGGUAUAAAACAUCAUUGCACAACAUGUGGUGAUUGCGUGAAAUGUGGGGAGUAGACACUCUCCGCGCAUCGCGCGUUGCUACCUCAAAGCGCGUAGAGCUAUGUACAGACUGGAAAUCACCUCGAGAAUAUCUAG